AAGCCAUUUCGCGAUUUACCCUUGCAAACCCUAAACCCUUUGAUCGCAGCAGCCGCACCACUUAGAAUCCAGCACUGAAGUUUUCGUUCACCAUUUUUCUGUUUUAGUGAGUUCUAGCUUCUUAUUCUAUUGAGUUUCCAGUUAGAGAAGAUGGUGGUGAGGAUCCGAUUGUCGAGAUUUGGGUGCAAAAACAAACCAUUUUAUCGGGUCAUGGCCGCGGACAGCAGAUCCCCCAGAGACGGCAAGCACCUGGAAGUCCUUGGUUACUACAAUCCCCUUCCAGGUCAAGACGGGGGCAAACGGAUGGGUCUUAAUUUUGAGAGAGUGAAGUAUUGGUUAUCAGUUGGUGCUCAGCCCUCAGACCCUGUCCAACGCAUUCUUUUCAGAGCAGGGUUGCUGCCCGCUCCCCCAAUGGUAGCAAUCGGGCGUAAAGGUGGACCUCGGGAUACACGUCCAGUUGAUCCAAUGACUGGGCGUAUUUUGGAUUCGGAGAAGAUGUCCAAUGCUACCAAAUCAAAUGCUAGUGAAAGUGCGAAUGGAGCUGGAGCAACCACUACUUGAAACUUCCAGUUCUGCAGUUCCCAUAGUCUUCAUUUUUAAAGAGGAGCUUUUUAGGUGGGUUCUAAUGAUACAUUCACACUGUGAUUACUGGAAGGAUUAAUAUGGUGAAAAGAUGAACUCCCUGUGAACAUAAUGAGUGGUAACUAUUUUCAUUGAUGAAUUUCUUAUACGUCCUUGAAUAAGGUUAUUUAUCUAGCUUGGGUGAA